CCGGCCCGACCUCGUCCCCAGCUCAACCCGCUGAGCUCGCCUCCUCCCCACUCGCAGACAUGUCCGAGGCCAAGCACGGCCCCGAGUACGCUUCUUUUUUCGCGGUCAUGGGCGCUUCGUCCGCCAUGAUCUUCAGCGCAGAGUAGGAGCCCAGAUGGGCAGCCGUGAGGGCCUCUGGUGGAGGAAGAAAAGAAAUGGGUACCGAGUUUCUUGAGUGUCUGGCUAUGGCUGUUCCCCUGCGGGCCACCUCAAGCUCCUGGCUGGCUCUGGGUGCUGCCUAUGGUACAGCCAAGAGUGGCACCGGCAUUGCGGCCAUGUCUGUCAUGCGGCCAGAGCUGAUCAUGAAGUCCAUCAUCCCAGUGGUCAUGGCUGGCAUCAUCGCCAUCUACGGCCUGGUGGUGGCAGUCCUCAUUGCCAACUCCCUGAAUGACGGCAUCAGUCUCUACAGGAGUUUCCUUCAGCUGGGCGCCGGCCUGAGCGUGGGCCUGAGCGGGCUGGCAGCUGGCUUUGCCAUCGGUAUCGUGGGGGACGCCGGCGUGCGGGGCACUGCCCAGCAGCCCCGGCUAUUCGUGGGCAUGAUCCUGAUCCUCAUCUUCGCUGAGGUGCUGGGCCUCUACGGGCUCAUCGUUGCCCUCAUCCUCUCCACAAAGUAGCCCCUCCGGGCCUACCAGCCACAGAAUAUGAUGUAAAGACCACCCCCUCCUCAUUCCAAAACGAACAGCCUGACACACAUGCACGGGGCAGCUGCCCCCCAAUAGUUGGUCUUGUAAAUGCGCAGUGUCCUAGUGCCCAUCGUCUGUUGCCCCAGCCUUGCCCCUGCCCGCCCCGUGCCAUGGACAUCUGGGCCCACCAUUCACCCAUCCAGGCCCCUGACCAGUGAGGAUGCAAGGCCUUUGGCCGCCCCCACCCACCUGCCCUAGAGUGCUUUGUGUAUAAGGAUGAAUUAGAGUCGUCAUUUUCUCUUCACUGGAUGUUUAUUUAUAAAGAUCUGAUCUGUUCAUACGUCUGUGGAGCAGCCCUCCGUCUCCCAACUAUAUAGUAAUCUUAGGUAUACUGUUGAGUUGUGAGGUUACCGUUUGCCCUGAGACUUGUUGGAUGGAACCACCCUCCUGCAGCCCUGGCCGCCCAGGGCCGCGGGGCAGUGUACUGGGCCCACCAGGCCUGGCGUCGAACCGUGUCCAAUAAAGUUCUUGGAUGUGACUGGA